AUGGAGGACGAUUCGCUAAUGAGUGAACAAGAGGUUCGAGACUACAUGCAUCAAAUCCUUCUCGGUGUCCAGCACAUGCACAAAAACCAAAUAGUUCAUUUGGAUUUAAAGCCUGAAAAUAUUCUUUUGAAAUCGAAAAAUUCAACUGAGGUGAAGAUCAUUGACUUUGGACUGGCUAGAAAGCUGGAUCCGAAGAAAUCCGUGAAACUUCUCUUUGGAACACCGGAAUUCUGCGCCCCUGAGGUUGUCAACUAUCAACCAGUUGGCCUCAGCACGGAUAUGUGGACUCUUGGAGUGAUAUCCUAUGUACUACUUUCUGGCUUGUCGCCGUUCUUGGGCGAUACAGACGAGGAGACGUUGGCAAACGUUUCUGCUGGCGACUGGGAUUUCGACGACCCAUCGUGGGAUGACGUCUCCGACACUGCCAAGGAUUUUAUCUGCCGUCUUAUGGUGAAAGAUAAACGCCGUCGCAUGACCGUGCAGGAAGCGCUGAGGCACCCAUGGAUUACGGAAAUGAACAUACUGCUCGGUCAAGGGCCAAAUCCACUCUAA